AUGUCGAGCCUGCUACUCCGCAUCCGCGAGGAGGUAGACGGGGGAGGGGGCGGAAGCGGCGGCGGUAUGACCCUACCACUCGUCCUGGCCAUCGCCAUAGGAGGCGGCGUUCUCCUCUUCAUAUGCCUCGCCUUCUUCCUCAUCGCCCUAGCAGGCCGCCGCCACCGAGCCCGCGCCCGAGCCCGAUCAACGACGCCCAGAACAAGACUCGACCUCGACUCGGAUGGCGGCUCCAUCCGCACGCCCAGCCCGCGCCCGCGGCGCCUCACCAAGCCGAAGCCGGGCGAGCCGUACGCGGACAUGGUCGAGGUCCAGGGGAAGAAGCAACCUCCCCACCGCUCGCUCUCGUCCAUCAUCAGCGUGCCCAGGAGCAAGAGCUGGAGCGUCUUCAGCAGCACGCCUUCGGAAGGUGCUGGCGGGCAGCAGCGUGGAGGACACCUGAGGAGGAACAAUAGCUGGAUCGACGAGGAUGCGAUUCACGGGCCCAGGGUGCAGAGUGAUGGUCGGCGGCUGAGUAUCCGCGACAGCUUCAUCCUACGCACGCCGACGUUACCGGAUCUAUUUGGGCACAAGGGUGAGGGGGAUGGACAUUUCGACGACGACGACUUUGUGAAUUACUCCAUUGAACAGCCUCGGCCGGCCAGCAUGCCGGCACAGCGCAGCCAGCCUUUGCGGAUGCCGUUGCCGAGGACGGCAUCGUACGAGUUGGCCGAGAAGCUGGCGGCUGCUGCGAGGGGCGGACCUCCCGUACUUCCAACCUCACAGGGACCGGUACCUCGGCCGGUGCCAUUGCAGCGACUGCGGCACAAGACGACGGAGUCGGAUCUGGCUGAGAUUUUGCGUUCCACGGAAGAGAGAUUGCAGCUCGGUACACCAACAAACAGCCGGCCAGCUACACGACAAAGGGCUGCAUCGGCAUCAGCUGGGUCCAGCGUCAAGACCCCGCGGGGGUCGCCGACAAAGUCGCAGUCUCCCAUUAAGGCCCAAUCACCGAUCAAGAUCCCGUCACCAGUCAAGAAUCAGUCGCCCGUCCGGUCACGAUCUCCGGCAAAGACUCAGGUAUUGUCGCACGUUGGCCAGGCGUUGGACCUUGACGCCCAACGAGCUCGAACACCCAGCCCAUCGAAGCGAAUGGUUAUCCCAAUGCUUGUCCAGACUCCAAACCACCACAACAGGAACACUUCGCAAUCUUCGGCCGUCUCAGAUGCGGACAGUUUGUUUGGCGAAACGACCCCGGAAGUUGAACACAUCUUGCCAACAGGACUGUCGAGCCCCAGUAGAAGAUCCGAGCACGAGUCCCCGACCAAGCCCACCAACAACGGCGAAUCGAUAGAAUCUCCUGGCAGCGAUGCCUCAUCGUCUCUGUCAACCUUGUAUAGCGUUAACGAACCCGAAGAUGACAGCAAGACCGGCGGUACUGGACACGUAGACAGCACCCCCCGCGGCAGGAAACCCAGGAGCCUUGUCAUCGAUACUCAAAUAUGUGACCCUUUCAUCACACCAGGCCCGCCAGAAGUGCCUCCAAGGAGCCCUAGACGCCAGUCUUCCAGCUUACCGCCCCUCCGACGCAUGACGCCGCCCGAAGAGGAAAUCCUGAACCGAACACCUACGAAGGUGACACCUGUUGCCAACUCUCCUAUACCGAGGCCGUUAGACGUCAUCAAGCGUAGUAGCACGGCCGACCAGCUCCAGACACGGUACUCCAUCAUGAUGCAACCAUCCGACCUGGCAGCAUCGCCCGAGACCAUUCGCCCAAAGAGCGUCAUGUCGAUGAAGCCCGUCUUCCUCGUCUCAAGUAACAGCGUUCCGGCCAGCGAUGCCGAAUAA